UUAUGACGUAAUUGAUGAACGAACGACUAGGAAAGCAUGGCGAUUGCCUUACAGUUAGUGCAACUGGAUCACCGUUACUGUACGACUGAUUUUAUGUCGCAGAAACAGUUUGGAUUGCUAAUUACAACUUUACAGUAUCAGAAGUGGAUCUCACAAUAGUUUAAUAUCUCCAAAGCAAAUAGUUAUGAGUUACGGCAGGCGAAACAUGCUGCCAAAGUCAACUAGCACCUUGUCUAAUACAUCUACAGGAGCUAGCACUGACAAUGAAAGUGCGUUUGGGAAUGACUUAGAUGAGGAAAAGGAUAAGUUUAAAAGAAAAACUCGUAACUUAAGUGAGAAGAAGAGAAGAGAUCAGUUCAACAUGCUGAUCAACGAGCUGUGUUCGAUGGUUUCGACCAACAACAGGAAAAUGGACAAAUCGACAGUCUUAAAAUCAACAAUAGCUUUCCUCAGAAAUUAUCAAGAGCUUGCUAUGCAGUCUCAGGCUCAUGAAAUUAAAGAAGAUUGGAAACCGUCCUUCUUAUCAAAUGAUGAAUUCACUCAGCUGAUGUUAGAGGCCUUAGACAGCUUUUUACUUGUUUUUACACAACAAGGAAAUAUUCUUUAUGCCUCUGAGAGCAUAACAUCACUUGUUGGCCAUUUACCGACUGAUUUGGUUAAUCGCUCUUUGUACGAUUUUGUCCAUGUUACUGAGAGAACCAGCCUAAACAAUCUGUUAUUAUCAUAUCAACAAAUAUCUGCCAGUAGUAUACAGGAUUUUGAGAAAGAUGAGAACCAAGUGUCCUUCAUGUGUCAUUUACAAAGAGGCACUGCCAUACCAGCGGCUGUCGUUGUCUACGAAUAUGUGAAGGUUACUGGCAAUUUUAGAAAAUGGACAGAUUGUGCCCCGACAUUUAACGAUGACGGCACGCGGAAAUUUUCCAAAGACUUCAACCAGUCAGUGGCUGAAACUGCCUGCUUUUGUUGUACAGUCCAGCUUCAGCCUUGUCAACUCAUCAGAGAAAUGUCCAAUAUUGAUGAAACAAAGGCAGAAUUCACUUCCAGACACAGCUUUGAGUGGAAAUUUUUAUUCCUCGAUCACAGAGCACCACCCAUUAUUGGUUAUCUGCCCUUUGAAGUACUUGGUACGUCAGGCUAUGAUUAUUAUCAUCCAGAUGAUUUAGAAAAACUUUCAAAAUGCCAUGAGCAGUUAAUGCAUGCAGGUGAAGGUACAUCAUGUUUCUACCGGUUUUUAACCAAAGGACAACAGUGGAUUUGGUUAAGAACUCGUUAUUAUAUCACAUAUCACCAGUGGAACUCUAAACCAGAAUUUAUUGUGUGUACUCAUAAAGUUGUCAGUUAUGCUGAUGUUCGACAUCAGAUGAGGAAAGAGCUUGGUUUCAGUGAAGAACAAAUAGGACCAGUUGCUAUAGAAUCAGCACCCUCAGAACAGUCUUGCCCAAGUUCUUCAGUUCGUAAAUUGUCACCUACUUGUGUUGACUGGACGGCACUAACUUCUGGAGUACAAAGUUCUUCAAUAUCACCUGGACAAUUAAGAAUAUCAAGUGAUGGAGCAGACACAACAGAGAAACCUCAUUCUACUCUUGAUGAAUUAGCUGUGCCAAGUGUGCUGUCCCAUCAACAGGUGCAUACACAGCCUCCUCCUCCUCAGCAGCAGCAGCAGCAGCAACAGCAGCAGCAGCAACAACAGCAGCAGCAGCAACAACAGCAGCAGCAGCAGCAACAACAACAGCAGUUAUCAGUCCAACAACAGCAACAGGUACAGACACAACAACAGCCACUGCAGCAAGUUCAAGCAGUUCAACAACAGCAGCAGCAACAACAACAACCACAACAGGUGCAAGUGGUACAAGCACAGCAGCAGCAGCAGCAGCAACAACAACAACAGCAGCAGCAACAACAACAAGUGGUACAAACUCAACCUUCACCUAAUACACAAUACCAGACAACAUCACAAGCACAGCUUUCACAACAGCAACAGCAAGCACAACAACAACAACAACAAAAACAACAACAAGCACAGCAACAGCAACAACAAGCACAGCAGCAGCAACAACAACAACAACAACAGCAAGCACAACAAACAAAACAGGCUCAAGGAGAGCAACAACUCCCUGCAAAACAGGUCCAACAACCACAAUCACAGCAACAACAAGCACAGCAACAACAACAACAACAACAAGCACAAUCACAACAACAACAACAAGCACAGUCACAACAACAACAACAGUCACAACAGCAACAACAACAACAACAACCAUUAGCAACAGUUCCACUUGCCACCUCUCAGAGUCAUCAAAUACAGCAAACAGAUUUAAGUCGUCAGCAAGGUUUGGCUGUUCCAGGAAUGGUUAUGAUGAUGGGUCCCUCUUCUAUUCCGACAACUGACUUGGAAACUGUACAGGUCAAUUCCGACUUAGUAAGGAUUUACACUUCAGAUCAAUUAUCUACUGUGCUUACCCAAGGACAACCUACAUUAGCUGUAUCAGGGAUACCUCUUUCUCAACUUACCCAAAGUCCUGCUAAUUUGUUCCCCCAGUUGUUUUUAACUCCAGCUCAAAAACAAUUACAUAAACAACUCAAAUUCAAAUCUCAGCAACUGCAACAAACAAUUCUCAGACAACAAGAAGAGCUGAGACAAAUCACCGAGGAACUUACUCUAGCACAACAGUUCAUGCCAAUUACUGAUGCUGCAACUCCAGGAACACAGAUGUUGAUGAUGAAUCCCACAUUUACUUCACAGACAACAGAUGUUCACAACACACCUUCCACUUCCCAGUUUAAUAUUUUGCAACACCCUGUCACCAUCCAGCAACCAGUACAGCAGCAAUUUUUGCCUUUCCAAAUACUUCCCACUACCUCUGGACAAAUUCUACGUCAGUCACCUAGUUCCAGUACACCUAAUGUACAUCAGCAACCACAGCAGUGAUACACAGAAAAUAAUAGUGCUGGGAAUUAUAUAUAUAUAUAUAUAUAUAUAUAUAUAUUUAUAUACACACACACAUAUACACAUUCUUAGACACUCGUGCAUACAC